AUGUUGGCCGUGUUUUCAGAGACGGUGAAGCAGGCCUGGCUUUGCUCUCGUAUUGAGUGUGUGGUGUGGAAAGCGCCUAGAGCUUCCAGAUUCAUCUCAGAUGGUCUCGAGCACGUCUGGCGUUAUGACUCGAGGCAAGACAAGAGACAAAGACAGGGCAGGGCUGAGGUGCAAAAUUCCGACAUGACACCAUUUGGGCGGCCAAUCUCCAAGAAGAUCGAUCCAUCGAUCGGAGGCCUUACCCGAAAGAAGCAGAUCCUUCAUCGUAAGGGUCUCGAUAGCGUCUCUUCUGGCGCACGCGAUGACAAGGGCAUGCGUCCUGUUAUUGGAUGGCGCUCGUUAGCGAACCAAGAAGCCUCAGGCACGUCUGCAGACAUUGGCCCUAUACGGAGAGGAGAAUACGGGAGCAAACAACAACGAUCCAGAAUGAGACGACAUGUUUGA